AUGUCUACGCCUACCGUUACACCUGAAGUCACCUGGGCGCAGCGUUCGUCUGACAGCGACCCCGAGAGGAACUACGUCUUCCUCACCAUCGUUGCCGCCGAUGUCCCCGAGUCAGAUCUGAAGCUUGACCUGCAACCCACAAAGCUCAGCUUCAAGGGCGCCUCGACAUCGAAAAAGGUCACCUAUGCCGUCGACCUCGAGUUCUUCGCCGAGAUCGACCCCAAGGAGUCGAAGAUCCAGCACAGUGGUCGCGAUGUCACACUUGUCUUGCGCAAGAAGGAGCUCAAGGAGGAGUUCUGGCCACGUCUGCUCAAGGAUAAGGCGAAGGUCCACUUCCUGAAGACCAACUUCGACAAGUGGGUCGAUGAGGACGAGCAAGACGAGGCUCCUGCCGACGAGGAGAUGAUGAACCAGAUGAAUCCUAUGGGUGGCGACGGCGGCUUCGGUGGCAUCGACUUCUCGAAGCUCGGUGCUGCUCAGGGCAUGGGCGGCCUCCCUGGAAUGGGUGGCAUGCCUGGCAUGGAAGGUCUUGAGGGAAUGGAGGGCGAGGACAGCGAUGAUGACGACGAGGAUAUGCCUGAGCUCGAGAACGAUGAGGACAGCAAGGACAAGUCCGCGGCCGCACCCGCAUCAGGAGACAAGCCCAAGAUCGAGGAGGUCGCGUAA